AGAGAAUCAAAAUAAUCAAGAAUUUUAACUUGAAAAAAUAAAAAUGAAAAAGAAAAAAAAAUGCAUUAAAGCAUAUCUUGGUGUGGAUUGGGCAGUGAAAGUGAGAAGGCUAAAGGAACCUAGGGAAUAUACCCUACGCCGCAUUGCAGGCUAUCCUCCUCUCCUCUCCUUCUCAAGAAGUACUGAGCGACACACAAAGAAAGAGAGAUCUAUAGACUAUAGUCUCUACCUUUCCAUAUUCUAAAUUUCUGAUUGGCUUCGACGAUUCAUCUUCUCAAUCUCAUCAUCUCAUUUUUCCAAACCCUAAUUCCACCUCCCGCUCUGAUUCUAAGAACAAUAAGAAUUUGAAUUAGAUCUUCUCCCCAAUUUUUCUUUUCUUUCAUAGCUACCAAGCAGAUUGAUUUUGGUAGUUUGUUUAGAAGACCUGUUCGAAUAAUCAUAAUUGCACUAUAUGGAUAAUGAAAAUUUGAUUGCCCUCCAUGCUUCCGGUGAAUCUGCCCAUGAGAAUGAGAAUGGUCCAAGUGAGAUUGAUUCUCAACAAACUAGUUCCAAGGAUGAAGAAGAUAAACUCAACAAUGCAGAGGCGGGGCACAAGAAUGAUGUUCAUUGUGAAAAUGGUGAUGAGCUUCUAGAAGUAACUCCUGAAAAGAAUCUGAUUGGCAGUGAUUCAGAUAUGGAGAUUGAGGAUUUAAACAGUGUCCCCGCACCAGCGGUGGUUCACAAGAAGGAUGGUUCUCAAUGUGAAGAUAGUCGGUGCAUAGCAGAAUCAAACCUUGAAAAGGAUGUCGUUGAUAACUCAUCUUUCUUACAGGUGAAUGUCAAAUUGACUGAAAAUGUUUUAGUUGCCGAGGCAUCAAAUACUGGGGCAAGUGCCGAGACUGGUCGUCUUGCCUCCCAAGAAGAAAGUUCCAUUGGGAUAAAAAAGAUGGGCGGCAGUUCUAUUUCGGGUGUCAAGAGAUCUCGAGUAAUGUUUGAUGAACAGCAGCAACCUUCAGUGUGUGUAAACUAUACCUCCUUAACAAGAGCUAGUAAACAUAAGCUUGAAGAGCUAUUACAACAAUGGUCAGAAUGGCAUGCUCAACAUAAUUCCAAAACUCAAGAUCUAAUUGAAGCAUUAGAAUCUGGAGAAGAGACAUUCUUUCCUGCUUUAAAUGUUGGCUUGGAAAAAUCAUCAUCUGUGUCUUUCUGGAUGGACAAGCAAACAAGGAAAGAGCAGAACAAGGAAUUCGUUGAAUUGGAUUGUAACUCUGUGCCUCUAUAUGAUCGUGGUUUUGCAUUGGGUUUGACAUCAGAUGAUGGUAUAAAUAACAUCGAGGGAGGUGUGGAGAUUAUUGAUGACGCUGCCCGUUGUUUCAAUUGUGGUUCCUAUAAUCAUUCUUUGAAGGAAUGUCCAAAACCUCGUGAUAGAGUUGCUGUCAACAAUGCUCGCAAACAGCUCAAGUCCAAGCGUAACCAAAAUAGUGCUUCACGCAACCAAACUCGAUAUUAUCAGAAUUCUCCAGCUGGAAAGUAUGAUGGUUUAAGGCCAGGAGCUCUUGAUGCUGAAACACGGCAGCUUUUGGGUCUCUCGGAGCUUGAUCCACCCCCUUGGCUAAGAAGAAUGCGCGAAAUUGGAUACCCUCCAGGAUACCUUGAUCCUGAUGACGAGGAUCAACCAUCAGGUAUUAUAAUAUUUGGUGAUCUUGAUAUUGUGAAGGACGGCCAGGAGGAUGGAGAAAUUAUCGAAACACCCCGUGAACCACAGAAGAAAAAGAGUGUAGAGUUCCCAGGGAUAAACGGACCUAUUCCAGAAAAUGCUGAUGAGAGACUCUGGGCAGCUUCACCGUCAUCUUCAGAUAUUUCUAGAAACCGAUCACACCGCAGGCCUAGUUAUGUAUCAGAACAAGUCAGCAGAGGACAUCAGCGUGAGGAAAGGUGGUCCUCCAGGGAACAAAGAGAUGAUGGGCCACCCGGUGUUGACGAUAGUUUUAGCUCAACAACAUAUUUUCCCAGAUAUGGUAGCUAUGAAUCCAACUACAACUCUCAUUCAGUAGGAAGGUUUGAUCCAGACAGAGGUAGACGAAGCCGUUUUGUUGAUGAAGGAUAUUUAAACCACGGCUCAGUUGCUUCAUCCUAUCCACCACGUUUGUCACCAAUAGAUUAUGGUUCCAGUCGAUAUGAAAAUUGGGUUGACGAAAGCAGGAAUGGAUACGAUCCGGAUAAUUUGACACCAUGGGACAGGCAUCGCCAUCCCAGUAGAAGGUAAAUGGAGUUCCGGGAUGUUUGUUGUAGCCACAAAAGAUCUGUAGAAGAAGAGUUUUUCCUCAGUUAAGAACUGAGGAAGGGUUUGUACAAAAGAAUUAGAAGCAUCUUUGUUAGAUGGUUUUUGACCAGUUAAGCAGCUAAUAAUUUUUAGGUUAGUAUACAGAUCGCUUGUACUGACACAUUGGAAUGUAGUUGUUAUAUUUACUACACAUUGUUUGUGACCACCUUUGGUGAGACUUUGUCCAUGACAGCAUAAGAGCAUUUAGACCAUUAUUCCUUUAAUCUUGUU